GUUCGCCGUCCCUCCGAGAAGCUCCUCAAACACCGCGCCGCACACGACGCAGCAAAAUAAACCCGCCAGCGUGUGGAGGGAAAACACAGGCCGCAGCGGGACGUGUUUGCUCUGGAGACGGCGGCGCCGCUUUGCCGCGUCGGCCCAGGACGCGGGACCACACAAGGGCUGCGUCUCGGGAACUGAUCUGGAUCCGGCUGCGCUUCGACCCUGCAGCUGAAGGACGUCCUGAAGCGCUGACGCCGCGCUUCCGGCCCGGACGACACGCCGCCACCGCCGCCGCCACCGCCACCACCACCGCCACCCGUGAGAGAGAGAUAGAGAGAGAGUCUUGAUGAAGAAGACGAUCGAUGGAGCGAGGAAUGAUGAAGAAAUGACGGACAGACGGAAUAAACAAACCUGACGAGGAUUCCACACAGUCCUGCUUCUCACUGGAGGAACCAGGGUGGACCUUCAGCUCUGAUGAGAUGAAGAUGAAGAUGAAGAUGGAGAUGAAGGUGAAGGUGAAGGUGAAGGUGAAGAUGGAGAUGAAGAUGAAGAUGAAGAUGAUGAUGAAGAUGAAGGUGAAGAUGGAGAUGAUGAUGAAGAUGAAGGGGAAGAUGGAGAUGAAGAUAAAGGUGAAGAUGAAGGUGAAGAUGAAGAUGGAGAUGAAGAUAAAGGUGAAGAUGAAGAUGAAGAUGAAGGUGAAGGUGAAGAUGAAGAUGGAGAUGAAGAUGAAGAUGAAGAUGAUGAUGAAGAUGAAGGUGAAGAUGGAGAUGAUGAUGAAGAUGAAGGGGAAGAUGGAGAUGAAGAUAAAGGUGAAGAUGAAGGUGAAGAUGAAGAUGGAGAUGAAGAUAAAGGUGAAGAUGAAGAUGAAGAUGAAGGUGAAGGUGAAGAUGAAGAUGGAGAUGAAGAUGAAGGUGAAGAUCAAGAUGGAGAUGAAGAUGAAGAUAAAGGUGAAGGUGAAGAUGAAGAUGAAGAUGAAGGUGAAGGUGAAGAUGAAGAUGAAGAUAAAGGUGAAGAUGAAGAUGAAGAUGAAGGUGAAGGUGAAGGUGAAGAUGGAGAUGAAGAUGAAGGUGAAGAUCAAGAUGGAGAUGAAGAUGAAGAUGAAGAUAAAGGUGAAGGUGAAGAUGAAGAUGAAGAUGAAGAUGAAGGUGAAGAUGAAGAUGGAGAUGAAGAUGAAGGUGAAGAUGAAGAUGAAGAUGAAGGUGAAGAUGAAGAUGGAGAUGAAGAUGAAGGUGAAGAUCAAGAUGGAGAUGAAGAUGAAGAUGAAGAUAAAGGUGAAGGUGAAGAUGAAGAUGAAGAUAAAGGUGAAGGUGAAGAUGAAGAUGAAGGUGAAGGUGAAGAUGAAGAUGAAGAUGGAGAUGAAGAUGAAGGUGAAGGUGAAGAUGAAGAUGGAGAUGAAGAUAAAGGUGAAGGUGAAGGUGAAGAUAAACGUGAAGGUGAAGAUGAAGGUGAAGAUGAAGAUGAAGAUGGAGAUGAAGAUGAAGGUGAAGAUGAAGAUGAAGAUGAAGGUGAAGAUGAAGAUGGAGAUGAAGAUGAAGAUGAAGGUGAAGAUCAAGAUGGAGAUGAAGAUGAAGAUGAAGAUAAAGGUGAAGGUGAAGAUGAAGAUGAAGAUAAAGGUGAAGGUGAAGAUGAAGGUGAAGGUGAAGAUGAAGAUGAAGAUGGAGAUGAAGAUGAAGGUGAAGGUGAAGAUGAAGAUGGAGAUGAAGAUGAUCAGUUGUCUCCCACUGGACGCCGAGCUCCACCCACUGUCCCGCGGCGAGGUGGACUCAGGAGGCGAGCGCCGGGCCGGGUCGGAGCGUGCGAGCAGUCAGGUGACUAAAGUGCUGCCUGGGUGUUUCUGGCGGCAGAAAUCAGUGCGAUGGAUCGGCGGGAGAGAUUUAGUCUGGGUGGCAGAGGUCGCGGGAUUGUGUAUUCUGUGCAGUCAAUAA